AUGACGUCACGAGGUCCCGCGCCCAAUGCCGCGCCGAGAAGGGAAACAAACCGCGGCUUCAGGAGCGCUGUUAUUAUUACUACUGAUGAUAGUGAUGCUGGAGAUUACAACGUCGGUCAGGUGUCCAGCAGCCUGUUCCCAGAAAAACACAAAAGCUGGGAGCUUUAUCCUCCCUCUUUAUUCUCCUCCGCAUCAUCUGCAGAGACACUUUUAUGUUUCCUUCCUGCACCGAAGACUGAAUCUAAAGUCGCACCAGCGCCGUCUGAAAGCACUGAUGUCAAAGGUCAGGGGCACAUUCAGAAACAGAAACCGAAAAAGACUCCGAAGACGCUCUCAGCAGCUGAGAAGAAGCUACAGGACAGAGAGAGCGCUCUACAGAACGCAGAUGAUGAAGCACAAACGAGUGCAAAGAAAGUCAAACACAAGCGUGUCGAUGUGACGGAUGAAACCACAGAAGAAGAGCGGCCCGUCAAACACAGAAAGACAGUGAACAUGGCAAAGGAGCGAAUCAAACUGAAACGAACGGUGUUUGUGGGGAAUCUGCCUCCAAGCUGCACCAAGAAGAUGCUUUUGUCUCUGUUCAAGCAGGCCGGAGCCAUCGAGUCGGUCCGCUUCCGUUCAGUGGUGCAAGAAGACCCAACUAUGUCCCGUAAAGUGGCAGCUAUCCAGAGGAAAGUUCAUCCAAAAAAACAGAAUAUCAACGCUUACAUCGUCUUCAAAGAGGAGGAAGCAGCUGCUGGCGCUCUGAAAUGGAAUGGGCAGGAGAUCCAGCCGGGGUUUCACAUCCGAGUGGACCGCGUCUCUCAGCACAGCGGACAUGAUCAUAAAAGGUCCAUAUUUGUGGGAAAUUUACCGUACGAUAUAACGGAGCAUCCGUUGCGUGAACACUUCGAGGAUUGUGGGAAUGUGGAGGCCGUGCGAUUGGUGCGAGACCGAGAGUCUGGGAUGGGGAAGGGCUUCGGCUACGUCCUGUUCGAGAGCCCAGAUUCAGUGAUGCUGGCACUGAAACUCAACGGCUCCAGACUACUAGAUCGAAACAUCAGGGUGAAGCGAUCUGUGAAGAAGGAAAAGGUGAAGAAAACCCCUCCAGGACGACCUUCAAGAUUCAAAGGGUCAAAGCCAGACAUCAGAAAUAAGAACAUUAAGACAAAUCCUGGCAAGAAGCAAACCCCGGCUUCAUCGUUCAAAGGAGAGAUGGCAGAUCCUGCUGCCAAAAGAGGCAAAGGACUGAAAAAGAAAUUUAAGAACAAGAAAAAGAACCCAAAUGUUCAUAUUUAAUGCUUGUACUUAUAUUUUUGACAAGUCUGGUGUAACGUCACAAAUAAAAAUGUGUUUUAACCCUUA